AUGAACACGAUGAUGUACAAGUUUGAUGUCAGCAAUUCAAUAUCUCCAGCAUCAAGCAGCUUAAGAAGUCCUUGUAUUGGAGAUUCGGUUUCAUCACACCUGUCAAUAUCACGACUAGACAGUUUAUCGGAGUAUGAUUUUGACACAGAAUCUCCGGUAGAAAAGAUAGACUUUAUUGAUUUUUCUCCAGACACUAAAACAAAAGGAAUACCUAAACCUGAUUUAUCGGGAGCUGAAAAUCCUCCAAAGAAGAAACGUUACAACAAGUCUCGCCGACGUGAUAGAAGUCCAGCUCUGGUAGAGAAGUCGAAGAAAACCCGCAGAUCAAAAGCUAAUAACAGAGAACGUAACCGUAUGCAAGGACUUAACGAUGCUUUAGAGAGUCUGCGAUCCAUACUACCCGUCACUUCUGGUGAAAACAAACUCACUAAGAUAGAGACACUCCGAAUGGCACACAACUAUAUAUGGAUAUUAUCACAGACCUUGGACAUGGUGGACAAAGCUCCACAAAACUAUAUUGCCGUGAGAGAUAACGAACAAGUGCCUUCAAAUGACAACACCACAAAUAGUGCUAUAACAGAUGAAUCGUCAUUUCAGUGUGAAGGUCAACAAUUCACAUAUCAUACGUCGUCACCAGUGGCAAGUGUUCAAGGAAACUAUUUUCCAAACUACUUCCAGGCCCAAUACCAUCAUGAUAUGUAUGAUGUAUCAUUUAGUCCAGAUACCCAAUAUGUUUCCGGAAAUAGAGAUACACCAGUUAGAUUUUCAGAGUCGUUUUCACCUAUUUCCUCAUCGUCACCAGCUUUUGCCACUUCUCAAAGCAUACCAACACCACAUAGUGCGAAACACAUGGCGUAUCCGUCUCACGGAUUUAUAAAUUAUGAACACUCAUUUAAUUGGGAUUGUAUGUAUCAAAGACCACAGCCUGGAAGUCCCACAGAAUACUCCGACACUUCUGAUGGAUUUACUUAUCAGAUGUUUCCUUAA